UGCAUCAUCCGGUAUCAAACUCGAAAGUAAACUGGAUGAGGAAAUAAAGAAACUCUCCCCGCUGGUCUUCUCCUGCAGCCGAAUAUUCCUGAUAGAUCGUUCAAAAAAACUAAACAUUUUUAUUUUCUGUUCAGCUUGAAGGUUUUGCAGCUCGACCAUGUCAAAGACAUCAGCUCUGAGAGUCUCCAGGGAGGCUGCGGUGAAGGUGGAAAACUUCAAGCAGUCACUGUAUCUUGAGGCUGAGAAUCUGUUUUCCAGUCACAUCCCAUUGAAGAUCAAAAAGCUGGACGCUCUGCUCAAGGACGAGGCCCUCAGCAUCGCCGACAUGUCCUCGCUCCAGGCGCCGCUGGACAUCCCCAUCCCGGACCCUCCGCCCCCCGAGGGCGAGGAAAUGGAGACCGACAAGAAGGACGACGAAGAGGAGAAGAAAAAGAAGAAAGCUCCAAAGUGUGGCUUCAUCAAGGGCAACGAGAAGAUCAUGAUGCUGGUCGACAGGGUGAAGCCGGAGAUCGUCGCCUUCAGGGAGACCGUCGUCGUGGUGUCCUGCUGGAUUCAACAUCUCAUCCCAACAAUAGAAGAUGGAAAUGACUUUGGAGUCGCCAUUCAGGAGAAAAUCUUGGAGAGAAUCACUGGCGUGAGAACCAAAGUUGACACUUUUCAGGCGAACAUCAACAAGUACUUCUCAGAGAGGGGAGACGCUGUCGCCAAAGCGUCCAAGGAAACUCAUGUGAUGGACUACCGCUCGCUCGUCCACGAGAAGGACACGGCCGUCUACGGCGAGCUCAGGCUGAUCGUUUUGGACCUUCGCGGCUUCUACGCCGAGCUCUAUGACAUCAUCACCAAGAAUCUGGAGAAGGUGACCAAUCCCAAGGGAGAGGAGAAGCCGUCCAUGUACUGAAUCUGGAGGGAGGAGGAAGUGACGAGGAGGAGGAGCCACUGGGACAGAUACUUCUUCAUUGGGUGUAUUCAAAAACAAAAUUGUUUGACUAAUUUAACGUCUUGGUUUUGCUCAUUCACUUCCAUAAACAUAACUGGUGUCACAGUUGCAUGAAAAACACUUAAUCAUUUGCAUUAAAUGUAAAAGUUGUUUAACAAUUAUUAGUUUUACAAAAAGGAAUAAACAAAGAAAGGUGUGAGAUUCUG